CAUGCAGCUGAUCCAGGCGCCAUCUUUGUCACGAACAUAAACAACACCAGAGCUGUGUCAAUCCCAGUCCCUUUACGCUGAAGAAGUCCCUCUGCCGCGGCGCUUAUGUUACUGACAGGACAGGCCUUUAAGUGCAGACUGGAGACGUCGUGUCUGUUAGCCAUGGGAAUCCCGAGCGGGUUUCCUCACCGGGGGGAGUGGAGGUGUGAGUAGGGGAGGGCGGUGACAGCGGUGGCCUUGGUGCUAACCUGCACAGUGAAGAUGGACCAAGAGUACGAGAGGCGGCUGCUCCGACAGAUAAACCACCAGAACAUCCCCAAAGAAGCCCGCCUGACCAAGUGUGUAAGUGCGACCUGUAGUCCUGUCAGUGUUAAGUCUGGGGACCGCUUCAUUCCCACACGAGCUGGAAGCAACUGGAGCAUAAACUUUCAUUAUGCCAAUGAGAACUGUCGCUCUCCCAGUCAGAACCACAAAGCAAAGGAUGCAAGUUCAGACUCAAGUAAAGAUGCAGUGGCCUAUGCUGCCCUUUUAAGGAAUGAGUUACUUGGAGCAGGAAUUGAAACUGUGCCGGACCCUCAUACAGAUGAUAGGCACCUCCCUGUGCUUUUUCAAGACUCCCAUAGUCUUUUCAAGUACACUGUUCAUACAAAGAGAGUGCCUUUUAGUUGUGACAAUGAAAUCUCACCAUACUCCCUUUCUCCACUCAGUAAUAAGAGUCACAAGCUACUCCGUUCUCCUCGAAAACCAGCUCGUAAGAUCUCUAAAAUCCCCUUUAAAGUGCUAGAUGCUCCUGAGCUGCAGGAUGACUUUUACCUCAACCUAGUGGACUGGUCUGCAGGGAACCUGCUCAGUGUGGGGCUGGGGGCCUGUGUCUACCUGUGGAGUGCCUGCACCAGUCAGGUGACACGGCUAUGUGACCUUUCAGUUGAUGGGGAUUCUGUUACGUCAGUCUGCUGGAAUGAAAGGGGAAGCCUAGUUGCAGUCGGAACACAUAAAGGAUAUGUUCAGAUCUGGGAUGCUGCUGGAGGCAGGAAGCUCACUAGUUUAGAGGGGCACUCAGCUCGUGUAGGUGCUCUUGCAUGGAAUGGAGAACAACUCUCAUCUGGAAGUCGUGACAGAGUAAUCCUGCAGCGGGAUGUGCGGACCCCCCCUUCAGCCUCUGCAGAGAGAAGGCUUCAGGGACACAGACAGGAGGUGUGCGGUCUCAAAUGGUCUCCUGAUCAUCAGCACCUGGCGUCUGGGGGCAAUGACAACAAGCUGCUGGUGUGGAACAGCUCCAGUCUCCUGCCUGUGCAGCAGUACAGUGACCACCUGGCUGCAGUGAAGGCUAUCGCCUGGUCCCCUCACCAACACGGGCUCCUGGCGUCAGGGGGCGGCACGGCUGACCGCUGCCUUCGCUUCUGGAACACUCUGACAGGACAGGCCCUUCAGAGCACAGACACAGGCUCACAGGUUUGCAACCUGGCCUGGUCCAAACACGCCAAUGAACUGGUGAGCACUCAUGGCUACUCACAGAAUCAGAUUCUGGUGUGGAAAUAUCCAUCACUAACACAAGUGGCCAAAUUAACUGGCCACUCCUACAGAGUGCUUUAUUUAGCGGUAUCUCCUGAUGGUGAAGCCAUUGUUACAGGUGCUGGGGAUGAGACACUUCGUUUCUGGAAUGUUUUUAAUAAAACACGCUGCACAAAGGAAUCAAAAUCGGUGUUGAAUCUCUUCACAAGGAUUCGGUAGGAGUGGGUUGGCCUUCAGUCAGCGGGAGGAGUUUGGAGCUAUAAGCGAUCGUCUAUCACUGCUGCCACUACAAAGACACUUUUAAACCACUUUGUUAUUAACAAUGCAGUCUCAACCUACCCCAGAAUCUACCACACUCACUGUCAAAGAGAGAAGGCAGUAAAGACUUGUGUGGAAGUAAUAUAAAUGUUUUAUGAUAAAUAUAUGUACCACAGAGGCAAGCUAUACAGUCCAAAAUUAUGUUACAUUCAAAAGAAAUUGCAUUAUGGUCAAGUUACAAGACUUGAUUAUAUGUAUUAAAAUAUUUUGAUAACAUGAAAAUGA